AUGGAAAAAUCAGAGCCUAGUCAAGAUGAAUGUGUAGAGAAUGAAGCGGUCGCUAACCCAGAACAACUGCAAAUUGGAAGUGUCUGGUUGCAUGAUCGAAAACGUUGUUUCGAGCCGCAUGCACCACAGGUAUCCGUGCACUGGGACCAUUGA